AUGGAGAGAAAACGUCAACGCGGAGAUAGAAUCGAUGAACUCCCGGCGGAUAUAGUUGACAAGAUUUUGGGGUUCUUGCCGAUUGAACAAGCUGUUAGAAUGGCUGUUUUGUCGACUUUUUGGAGAGAUAGGUGGUUCGGCCUUACAGAACUCAACUUUAACUCUAGGUUUCUUUUCCACAUUAUCAGAAAAUAUUCCCCUGGUUUGAGGACCCAAACCACAAAAGAGCAAAAGAAAAGAAGUGAUAUUUGGUUGUCUGCGGCUUUGUAUGUAAUCAGCAAAGUCCUCAAUCAGCACAAUGGUCUUAUCCGCAAAUUUGUCAUUGAUUUUCGGGAAUCCUGUUACUGUAGGAAAACACUUAGGUCGAAGUCGUUUUACUUGGACCAGUGGUUCCUUUUUGUCACACGAAAGGGUGUUGAAGAAAUCGAUCUUACUCUUAUGGAUGAAGAUAAAUACAGGCUGCCAAAUUGCAUAUUUUCUUGCCCAACACUAAGGAGAUUGCAUCUUAAUGGAGUCUCUGUUGAAUCAAUAAAUGCCUACUGCACAUUACCAAAUGUCAUUUCACUUUGUUUUGAGAAUUUUGACUUUGAUGGUGUUGAUCUUCCGGUUCCAGUUGAUUUUCCUAUGCUCAAGAAUCUCUCAUUUAUAAGUUGUGAUAACCUGUCCAAUUUUAAUAUUACUGCUCAAAAACUCAAAAGUUUAACAAUCGACGAUUGCAGUGUUUUCAAACUCUCUAUUAACUCGGAUUUGAGAUCUAUUCGUACUCUUAAUUUGGAUAAUUAUGCUCUCAAAGAAUUUGUUAAACGAUGUACUAGAAGGGGACUACAACCACAACCACUUCCACUAAAUGUGGAAUGCUUGAGAGUAUCAGAACACUCUUUUUAUGGGGAUGGCAUUUCUUCUGCAUUCAUUCAUUUGCUUAAAAUAUGCCCAAAAUUAUGCCAACUUGAUAUAGAUUUAUCGUUAACUGAUGUUUUGCGAAAACUUUCUGAGCAAUUUCAUACUGUAGCUCAAGGACUUGAAAUGCUUCACAAUUUGAAUCUGAUGGAAUUUGUUGCAUACGAGAAUGAUAUUGUUUUCAUCAAGGGGCUACUUGCUUUUCUUCCUGCACUUGAGGAGGUUGUCAUUACACGUUCAGAAAUGUGCGAGCACAAUGAGGACUUUGAAAAUUACAAGAAGGAUCUUUUGCAUUUUCCUUGUGCCUCCACAAAAGCAAAAAUAUUUAUUAUCCACUAA